AUGCGUCCCAUCACUAGGUCUGCCAAGAUGGACAUUCGACCCGACAUGCCCGAGUGCUGGGGUCACCGUGGUGCAUCCGCCACCUUCCCGGAGAACACGAUCGCCAGCUUCGAAAAGGCCAUCCUCGACGGCUCCGAAGGUCUCGAGACCGACGUUCACAUCACCACCGACAACGUCAUUGUCAUGUUCCACGACCCAUCGCUAGAAAGGACCACCAACGGGAAAGGUCUCAUCUACGAGCGUCCUUACUACGGUGACGAUGGCAUCGAGCACCUCCGAACCCUCAAGCAGCCCGCUCAACAGAUCCCAACCUUCGUACAGGUGUGCGACCUGCUCAUGCGACCGGAGCACAAGCACGUCAAGCUCAAUCUCGAUAUCAAGCCCGACAACGAUCCAGAUCGCCUCUUCCCACUCAUGCGCAAAGUCAUCGAAUCCUACCCCAACUUCGACACAGACCUCGCACCGCGGCUCAUCCUCGGUCUCUGGCACCCCAAGUUCCUCGAAUCCGCGCUCAUCAACGUCCCCUCCAUGAAGCGCAUCCACAUUGGCGCCUCGCCACGAGCGGCACGCAAAUACUUCUGGUACGACUGCACCGGCUUUUCCAUGUACUUUGCUUGCCUGGUCGGUACCGAUGGGCAGCAAUUCAUCGCCGAUGCGCAAAAGGCAGGAAAGGACAUCUACGUCUGGACCGUCAACCGCAAAGACGAGAUGAUCGAGGCGACAAGGUGGGGUGUCAAGGCCGUAUUGACCGACAAGACGGCGCUGUUCCAGGACGUGCGCAAGAACAUGACGAGCGAUUUCGCCACCACACGUCAAGACGAGGUGGGCAUGUUUUUCCGUUGGGCCACUUGGAGGUACUACGCCUUGCCGCAAUUUGUCUUGCAAAACAUGUGGUUGGCGAAUAUCGAAAAGCGCGCCGGUUCGCCAUUCCGCGAGAUUGUCGGCGCUGCUGAAGCUGAUGCGAAUGCACACGCCCCAACUUCGACUUUGCCGGUGUCUUCAAAUCUGUCGGAGAAGAACAAGCUCGGCUCAAACUUUGCGCAGCCGUCUAUCGCUAUCAAUGCUGCUGCAUGA